AAAACAACCCCCCCGGAUUGCCGCCCCCCUUUCGAUGGGCCGUUCCGGCAAAAGAGGUGAAAAUUGUGGGCUCCUCCGGGAAAUAUUCUCAGAAUACGUGACCAAAAAGCAAAAAAAUUAAAAAUGAAGAGCUCGAAGAAACAGCCCACGAUUCGAAGCUGGUCUGUCCUGGUCGGUCGUCCGUCAUCAUCUUCACUCCGCUGAUUCGAAGCUCGUAGAAAUCGGAGACGCCGGCGAUUUGGUGAUGAACACUUGAAGGGAAGGAGCUUCGAUCGGAGAUGGCGGCCAAUCAUCGCAACGAGGCGGGCGGCGGCGGCGUCGGCGGAAGGGGGGAGUCGGUGGUCGUGGGGGCCGACGUGGAGUGCGGCCGGCCGGGGAGCUUCUGCGAGUACUGCAGAUCGCCAAAUGGGUCCACCAUUUCUCACGGCUUGAUUGCGCAGAGCCUGACCGUGGAUGACUAUCAAGAUCUCCUUGAUUGAGGAUGGACAAGAUCGGGCUCUUUCAUUUACCAGCCAGAUAUGAGUACUACGUGUUGCCCUUCUUAUGCUAUCCGCUUAAAAGCAGCGGACUUUUCCCUUUCCAAGGAACAAAAUCGAGUACACAAACGGAUGGAAGGGUUUUUGGAUGGUACACUGGACACCAAAGGCAAGUGUGAGCUUCUGGAGGAUUUAAAUACUUCUAAGUGGUGUGAAUGUGAAUGUCAUGGAAGGUCAAGCUUGGCAACAGUUGAACCCUCUGUGGACAUGGAGGAGGAUAAGAGUGAGCCAGAACAAUUUAUGCAUUACUUGUCUGAUGCAAUUGAUAAGGCUGUGCAUGCAUGCAUUGAAAGUGAGACGUUUCCUGCCAAUCUUCAAUUACCCAAAGCUUCUGUCAAAGGAGUCUCCCCAACCAAGAAGAAGAAGCUAGUCAAAGGAUUGGAAAAUCUCUCAUAUACCAGUAACAUUGCUUUCCAAUUGGCUGCCACUUUAAGGCGUGCACGGUCAGAAAAAAAGGAUGAAAGACAGUCAGAAUUCUCUGGAAACUCGGCAGUAGGCCAGCUGCCUUCUGAGUUGACACCUCGAAGUAUUGGAGAAAAGUUGGCGCAGUCAUUGUCUCAGAUGGGUGAAACAUUUGGCUUCUUGAUCCAAGCAUGUGAUGGACAUCUGAACUUUUGUUCUACUGCAGAGCACACUCCAGCGGAUAAGACUGGCCAAGAAAAAUCUCUCUCUAAAGAAUUCAGGAGAAGUGGAAACAAGAGAAGAUGUAUUGUGAGGUGCUGUAAAUGUUGUUCAGGAAAUAGGCAGAAGCUUGAGAUUCUUCUGAAAAGAUCCACUUUUGAGCCUGAAGAAUUUGAGUUGUAUAGGCGAUAUCAGGUGAAAGUGCACAAGGACAAUCCAGACCAUAUCACAGAGAGUGGGUACAGGAGUUUUUUGGUUGACACACCAUUGGUAUUUGUUCCCUCGACCAGUGAUGGUUCAGUUCCUCCCUGCGGUUUUGGGUCUUUCCAUCAGUCAUAUGUUAUUGAUGGCCGAUUAGUUGCGGUUGGUGGGGUGGAUAUCCUUCCUAAAUGCUUGUCGAGUAAAUAUUUAUUUUGGGACCCUGACUUUGCCUUUUUAUCUUUGGGAAAAUAUUCGGCUUUGAAAGAAAUAUCUUGGGUGAAGGAGAAUCAAGUUCACUGCCCCAGUCUUCAGUAUUAUUACCUUGGCUUUUACACUCAUUCAUGCAGCAAGAUGAGAUAUAAAACAGCGUAUUGGCCAUCUGAGCUUCUAUGUCCCCUUCGUUACCAGUGGGUUCCCUUCAACGUUGCAAAGCCUCUGCUAGAUAGAAGUAAGUAUGUUGUCCUGUCAGAUUAUAAAGAUGAAGAUGAGAAGCCAUUGCUGCCUCCAGUUUCUGAUCAUGUCAGUGAACAUCAGCAUGAGGAAAGUGAGAAUAAGGACUCGAAUGAUCGUUUAGUUGGAGAUGAAGAAAUGUUUGACCUUGAUGUUAAGGAAAUUGGAAAUACUCUGAUAGGAUUAGGGGGGUCUCGCCUGAGAUACAAGGAUCUGCAACAGCCCCUUGGUUUUGUUGAUUGGAAAUACCUGGAAGCCCAAGUGCAGAGGCACGUGAGAGUGGUCGGUCGAGAGUUGUCUGAGCAAAUGGUCUAUUUACUUGAGGAGGAGGAUGACGACGAUGACGCUGACAGCUUCACUUCCAGGGAUGGUUUUUUCUCGGAGUAGGCGCCAGCCACCCCUCCAGUCUAUGCCGUGGCCGACGGAGGAGGCAGACAGUCCGGUUUUGCCGCCCCUGAUGGAGAUGCAGCCUGAGGAAGGAUUUGCUCUGAGAUAGUGGAGGAGGUGAGUCUCAUGAUGUUGCAGAAUUUUGAGUCUGAGUUUGUGUUCUGCGGAUCAUUCUGUCUGGGGAGAGAUAUCUUGUGGUCACAUCAGUGUGGUGGUUUGAAGAGCUUCGUGCUCUGAUGAGAAGUGUAGUGUGAUGAUUAGGUUAAAGGCAAUACUGAUGAUUCUCGUGCUAUGAAAGCGAUGCUCUAAUCGCCGAGUGAAGUCAGGGAAAAUAGACUUCUAGAAAGAGAAAGCAGCUUUUGAGUGAAUUGAGUGAGUAGAGAGAAUUUUUUUGGCUCUUAGUGCAUCUUAGUACUGUUAUCAUGUAGGAUCACUUCAGAUGACCUCGUCGUGGUGCUAAUUCUGUGCGAAAAAUUAUGAUCUUUGCAAUGCUUCAGGGAUUGAAUUCGCAAGUUGGGGAUUGGAAGGGAUCUGGAACAAUUGGGAUGAGAGAAACCCUCAACACUGAUACCCACCUAAUGACUAACAGCAGCCUUAGAAUUCUCUCACUUCUCAAAAAUCCUGUUAACUUUGUCUGAUUGUCCCGGGGUUCACAGAAUCUCAAAUUCCCAUCUGCUUAUGAA